AUGGCAUUAGUCGCAGGAUAUAACUCAAGCUCAGAAUCGGAAACUGAGGAGGUGAAAGCGAGUGGCGAUGCUCUCGCUGGCGGAAAUGGUGGUGCCGAAUUAGAGGCAAAUAAUGACACUAAGAGAAGCUCUAGUUUCACAUUGAAGGCGGUUAAAAGGAGAAGAUUAGCGCGACAAGGUAAAGGUCCGUGGGCACGCUGGUCUGAUUCUGAUACCGACAACUCUGAUCAGGAGCUUCACGAAGAAGCGGAACAUCUAGAUGAGUUCCAAGAAACAACUGAAAUCAAUGAAAUCAACACGAGUUUCACUGAAACGUCUACGUUUUAUGGUGAGUCCGAGAAGGACUAUCUAAAUCGUGGAUUUCUCCAUCCACCUGUGGAUGUUGACAUAGAUCUUAGGAAAGAGCCAUUAUCUUUCAAAUGCUAUCUGCCGAAAAAAACAAUUCACGUUUAUAAGGGUCAUCUCAAUGGGACGGGGGUUUUGAAGUACCUGCCCAAAACUGGACAUCUGUUUCUGUCGGGAGGAAAUGACAACAUGCUUAGAAUUUGGGAUUCCUAUCACGACCGUCAGUGUCUACGAGACUAUCGAGGUCAUUCCAAACCGAUCAAGGCGAUAGAUUUCGCUCACGAUGGCACUUCGUUUCUGAGUGCUGCUUUUGAUCAGAGUGUCAAGCUUUGGAACACUGAAACCGGAAAGGUAACGACUAGAAUACAGCUUAAGAGCACGCCAAAUGAUGUACGAUUCCAUCCAACGCAGUCGGAUGUCUUCAUUGUCGGACUUUCAAACUCUAAGAUCAACCAGUAUGACUUACGCGUCUCAGCCAAGGAAGGUCUUGUGCAAAUCUACGAUCACCACUUAAGCGGUAUUUUAAGUCUGAAGUACUUUCCCGAUGGAUCGAAGUUCAUAUCGUCUUCCGAAGACAAGACAGUAAGAAUCUGGGAAAAUCAAAUUAACAUACCAGUGAAGCAGAUAAGUGACACAACGCAGCACUCUAUGCCAUUCAUUAAUAUUCAUCCACAGCACAAGUACUUCUGUACGCAGAGCAUGGAUAAUGCAAUUUACACCUAUGGCAUGCAACCCAAAUACAAGAAAAAUGCCAAGAAGGUGUUCAAGGGCCACCAUUCCGCCGGUUACGGUGUCGGGUUCACAUUCUCGCCUGAUGGACACUACAUCUGUUCUGGUGACUCAAAAAGCAAAGUGCUCAUAUGGGAUUGGACAACAACACGACUAUUAAAGACAAUCAAUAUAAACGGCGAUAAACCUGUUACGCAGAUUGCUUGGAAUCCACAAGAAACCAGCAAGAUCAUAUGCUCCGGGGGCGCAGGGAAAAUUUACUUGUUAGACUGA